AUGCCUCUGAGAGAGCCCAAAGCCAUCGCUAAGCGUAGGGCGAGCACCAUGCUAGAAAAAGUUGCCAACUCAAGCUCUCGAGUAGGCGUGUUGAGAGCCAGGGUCGAGACACAAGGCUAA